UGAACUUGUAUGAUUUUUCAACUUAUCAAAAACCAAUUUAAAGUACAGCAUAACCAAUCAAAAAUGAGUGAGGUAGGAAGACCGCAAACGUCUACCCAAACUUCUAGAAAAGGGAAGCGUUCAUGGAGAAAAAAUGUAGAUAUUUCAGACAUCGAAAAGAAAUUGCAAGAGCAAAGAGAAGAAAUUAUCCAACAUGGUAAACCGUUGAGUGAAAUAGAAAGUGAAGAUUUGUUCAUCAUUGAUGAAGAUGCAGAUGAGGCAGUAGAGAAAAAACUCAUCAAAGAGAACGGUAAAAAGCUGAAAUCUACCGAAAUUUUGGAAAACAGGUCCAAGGUUCCAGCAUUGUUGGGCAAAGUGAGUAAGAGCAAAAAGAAUGAUGGUUAUAAAAUUCAGGGCGUUGAUAAGAAGGAGAUGAUUCACUUGUUGAAAUUGGCUGGUAAGGUAAAGGGAUAUGACAAGACAGACGAAAGAAUGGCCAAAGAAGGUAUCAUAAAUGCCGAAGCGUAUGACGUGUGGAAUACAGUCCUGGAAGAUGAGAGAAAACUAAACGAACUACCAAUGGUGCUGAAAGAAAGUAGUUCCAUAUCCUUUACCAAAGCUACUAUUGUACCGAAGACACUCAAAGAAGCUCCAAUCCAAGUCAGUAAACUAGAGAUUUUACCGCACGCUGGUAAGUCCUACAAUCCCUCCUUUGAGAAUUGGAAGGGUUUGAUUGAACAAGAGUACUUCAAGGAGAAGUCUAAGGAUGACCAAAGGCUUAUUUUUGAAGAGUAUAGAGAUCGUAUUCAAUUUUUGAUUUCCAACUACGAGGACAACGAGAUUGAAGAGAAUGAAGAGGAUACCGACGAUGAAAAGAAGAAUGAAGUUGAAGACAAUGGCGCAGACGAAAACGAAGAUGCCAACAAGGCGGUGACCUUUGAAGGACUCCAACUCUCUAUCAAUCCGAUAACACAAGUGAACAUUAAGACGAAGGCACAAAGAAACAAAGAAAAAAGGUAUAAGGAAAGACAAAAACUUGAAACUGACCUCAAAGAGAUCAAACUUCGAAUCAAAGAACUUGAGAAGUUACCUGAUAUACUCCAGCAGAUUGAAUCUGAAGGUAAAAAAACUGUUAGCACCGAGACUAAAGAUGACAGGCAACUCAGGAAAGGUAGGAAGAAGCUUGGCUCGAGAUUUGAAGUUAUAGAAGGCCCAAUUGAGGUCAAGCUUAGUAAUGAAUUGAGCGACUCAUUAAGAAAGUUGAAGCCGGAAGGUAAUCUCCUAUACGACCAAAUGAAGGGUUUACAAUCUAAGGGUAUGAUUGAGACCAGAAGAAUCAAUAAAGGUAAAAAAGGAAAGAAGAAGAUCACAGAGAAGUGGUCAUAUAAAGACUUUAAAUGAUUGCGUGAAUUAUUCAUUUGCAAGUUUAAUUUUCUAUAUUGAUGGAUUUCAUAUUUGUACAGGUAAACACUUUAAAACGACUCAUCGACAAACUUUACAACUUCCUUUACUGUUGUCACCAUGUCUUCUAAUGACCAGUCUCCUGACAUGCUUAUGUAGGUGGGAACUGAAAACUUUUUACUCACAAGACCACCGAUUUUUCUGGUCAUAUCAACUAAUUGCUCCUCGCUGUUGUUGAGUAAAGUUUGAUAAACUUUCCCUGUUCGGCUAUCUACUAUUGUGUAUACGUAGCAUCCUAGAGGAGCGUUAUUUCCUACUUUACUAAGGUGUAAUGAUAUCGGAAUACGAUUUCUCUCCCUUAAGCUAGGCCGUUUAUGUGGUAAAGUUGCAGCGACCUCAAACUCAUCUCCAAAGACAGGACUGAUUUUUGCAGUUAGCGUUUGUGUAUCUUUAGUAGCUGGCAUCUACUG